AUUUUCAGGUUUCGAAUUUAGCUGAGAUUUGGAAGGGAAAAGAGAAAAAGUUAUAUUUUCAGGGAUUUAGAAAGAAUCGAAUGGCUGCUUCAUCAUCGAUUCAAAAUUUAAACAAACCUAAAGAUGCUUUUGAGCAACUAGAAGACGAAGAGGGUACUCGCCAAGGCUUCUGCCAUAUUCGUAUUCAACAGCGAACUGGCCGUAAAACUAUCACAACUGUGCAAGGAAUUGCACCUGAAUAUGAUUUAAAGAAGAUUGUUCGCUAUUUAAAGAAGGAAUAUAAUUGUAACGGGACUACAGUGGAUCAUCCGGAAUAUGGUGAAGUAAUCCAGCUUACUGGCGAUCAAAGACAACAUAUUAAGGAUUUUCUUUGCAGAGUUGGUAUUGUUAAGGAGGAAAAUUGCAAAAUUCAUGGUUUUUAAAUUUAUAUGCACACGAGCAAAUUCAAUUUCAUAUGUACUUUUUUUUCCGAGAUUACUUUAGUGAUGUAAUUUUGAUGUUCGAUUUACUUCCUUCCUAAUAUAUUAACUGAUAUGAUUUAUUCUACCGGAUCAUGAUUGUACGUGAAUAUCUUAAUUUUCCUUUGUGAAUCAUUUCAUUGACAUCUAUUUGAUUAUCAACUGCAGCGCUGUCAUAGUCAGGUUUACGUGCAUAUUCAUUUCAAGAAAUGGGUAUGUAUGAGAAUGAGAUUAAUUUGCAGGAAUGUAAUCCGGUAUCCCUCUAUUUUACCCCGAUUUGUUUUUCUUGGUGCGGUUUUGAUGUGACAAUCAGAAUUUUCUUUUGAAAUAUUGG